CGCUUCUUAUCCAACCGGUCAGUCUGCUUAUCUCGAAGCUUCCCACCGCCUCUCCAAAACCAUCCAUCUCUAUCUGAACUCAUUGGUGUCCCUUAUCACUAACCGUCAUGCCAUUCGCUUAGGGUCGAUGUCUGACUUCCGAUGGAUUUCUAGGGCAAAGUCAUAGAGGUGCUUCCAUGGUGAAGGAUGGCUUCGCUAGAUUUAGUUCCCUCUGUCGAAUAUUAUUGGUCUCUCGCAUCCGCCCAUGCCUCCUCUUCUCCCAUCUCGGACGUCCCCUCCCGCUGUGUGCUAUGACCAUCCUCGAUUUAGCUUCCAAUACCGGUGUACCUCAACGUGAUCGCUCCAGCAAGGUUGUGCGUCGUCACCGCUUUCGCCACCGAUCGAUUAUGGGUUCCAGUCGUCUCCCUUUUAUCGAUUGGAGCUUCACAAAAUUGUGUUCAAGAAAGGGGGAUAUAAGAACCAACAAUCUAAAACCAGAAGGACAACGUAGCAUUAUCCAACUUAGAGCACCGAAAACCCUGUCAUUUCAUUGGCUAAAUUGUGAAUGGAAAGAAAACAAAUAUCGCUCAGGAAGAGAGAGAAGGGAGAUCGAUGCUGCCUUCUCUCUGGUGAAAGUGGAUUUACAAAAUUCACAGAAUGAAUUGGCAACUUUGGAGCAGCAAAAGUCGGGUGAUAAGAUGUUGAAGUUGGUAGAUGACAUGUGGAGCAUAUCAUCUACCAUGUCUAUUUAA